GUACGUCAGUUGCCAGAGGUUGCUCACCAAAAUAGGGUGAUGGCUGCGACAUUUUUGUUCCGUCGAGAAAUUCCUUAAAAUGUCAACAAAUCGGAACAUUUCCACUCUUCCUUUGGAUGCACUUCGCUCAGUUACUCCACAAAAGAAACAGUCGACACAGCAAACCUUUAACCGAUCACCCGCAACCUGCAACGGCCAGAGAAGUUACCGCACAAACAGCAUUGGCGCAAACAAUCUGCAGUUAUACACCGAGAAUAAAAAGUUACGCCGUUGCCUGCGAUUGUUUUUAGAGAAUUCGGAUCUUAAAACAAUGAACGUGUUAUCUUCUGUCAUGUCUAUGUGUGAUGACAAGCUUAGAAACUUCUUAACAGACAAGCUUACAGAAACUCAUACAAGGACUACCGCAACAGGCACCAGUACAACGUCUGACUACCUAUCGUCAGCUAAGAGAAUCAAACAACUGAAUGAAAACACAGUACUUUCUAAUAGUUACGGGAAAUCGUUUCAAGACAUUGAUUUAAAUGAUCUACGCAAUAGCACCUUACAAACGUCAACGUUCCGUUCUACGAAAUCAUCUCCUCGGCCGGAAUACUCUCCUGCACUUUCAGCUGGAUCACUACGUCCGCCAAUGAGGUUCGGCGUGGGAAAAAGUCCUUACGAAAAAUCGCCAGGAAAGUCCAAGAUCGGGAGUUCUUUUCAUCCAAAUUCACAGCUUUCCGGAGGAAAAGACUUACCCUCUCGUAACAAAUACAACAUACGAAGUACAUCAAGAGAGAGAGAGACUCAAGCAGACGACACUUUUGGCAGAAGUCAAUUGAAAAAAGGCGUUUACAAGCGUCCAACUAGCGCUCCGUCCAUGCGGUUGAAAAGUGUAUUUGAAAGUCCAGAAUUUCAGAGAAUCAAAGAAAGUGCCUUUUCGCCUGUGAAAACUGAAAAACAUUGCAAAGAAUGCGGUGUGCAGAUAUCACCGACGACGUGUUUCUGUCAUUCACCGUGGGCUGAAAACGAUACAGGAGCCAUUACCAUACCGGACAUUGGUAAGGAAAUGCCGCCGCCUAAAUAUAUAAAGCCUGCUAGAAUUAGAGAAAAUGAAACAUCAGUUAGUAAUUACCCUACAGCACAGCAUUUACUGUAUGACAGUGUCGCUGCUAACCUUGACAGCUUUUUUGACAGUGACCAGUCAAAACUGCCGACCACUGCGACUGAAAGGUCUGGAAAGCGUCAUCUUGCAAAAUCUGUAAACUUUACCGUAGCACCCCAAAACUGUUCGAUCAAAUCUCAAUAUACCAAAAAUGUCGGACGAGAUGAAAAUACUCUGGCUGAAGCAAAAGAAGCGUAUAACCGGGGCACGCAGACUUCCUUUGUCAACAAUACAAAAGGCAGUAGAAAGGAUAGACAACAAACAGCCUACGAUUCGGAAAGACAGUCUACUGGUACUGGCCCAAACAGUCUCCAAUGUAGUUCAUUUCAGCAGAGCGUCUCUACACAAAUGCCUUCAGCAGGUAGUCAAUGGGACGAUUUCGGAAGGGUCGGUUUGCCGCAAGCAGCAUCUACACCUUUGCGACCAACGAUCCAAAAUCGUGCCACUCAAAGACAAGACAGGGAAUUCAACGAUAUUUCUCGGGGUGUGACAAAUAACCCUACUGUCGGAUAUGAACCAAGUGAACAAUGCGAAUGCAGUGCAGAGACCACAGUAUUGCCUUACGACAAUGAAGAAGAAUUGCAGAGGUAUGAGUUGUCAGGCAACAGGGACAUUGGGCAUAACAAAACGACGGUACACAAGAAAAACCCCGAAAUACGUGAUACAAAUAUCACAGUGGAGCAGAGAUCACCAAAAGCGAACAGAAUUUCGACUGUAUUACUGGCUGACAUCAUGGGUAUCAAAGGUAGAGGAGCAACUGAAAAGGCGAAGUACAUAAUUCACCGUCCGGUUGAUAUUCUGACUGGUUACUACCCAGUUAUUUCCGAGGAAGUCGGAAUGAUCCUGGCAAUGACAAAACCAAACAAGCGUCUGAUAGGAGAAAUAGCAUUCCAGCUGGACAGACGGAUACUCGAGUUUGUGUUCGCCAGGACAAAUGAUAGACACUGUAGUACAAAGCGAUCUCGUUACUAUGGCUACAGUGUUGCAAGUAUCAUGCUGCUGAUUGCGAAAGAGGUUCGACACGCCGACCAUGACCCGGGAGUAGAUUUAAAUCUCAGAAUGAGACUGGAAUAUAUUCUUGAGACUUUGCAGCGCCUUAGUUACGACUUUGAACGCCAUUCAGAGUUCACGCAAGAUAUGGUCAACAAAUAUGGGCUCUUGAACGGCACCCCAGAGCCUGGUACUAUAGAGGAUAUUGGCCUCCAUGAGCCAGCGGUGUUGAGAGUGUUGUUACAUCAGCUUGCAGAAGACGAACAGGAACUUGAAGAGAUGCUUAUAAUCCUUGAUUGCCUCCAUUAUAUGGCUCAUAAAGAUAAAGGGCCAUUAUUUAUUUGGUGAACAUGUAAAAACUAACUCUCAUGUAAAUAUCCAUUUUCAAAUCAAAGUUAUAUUCUCAAAGUAAACUGUUUAUAUGAGACUGUAUUUUCAUUUAUUAGUAAACUUCGCAUCUAUUUUUAAUGUUAAAGAUUAUUAAUCAAAGACAA